AUGGCCUGCAACGACCUCUGCCGCCCCUGCGGACCCACCCCGCUGGCUAACAGCUGCAACGAGCCCUGUGUCAGGCAGUGCGAGGACUCCCGCGUUGUCAUCCAGCCUUCCACCGUUGUGGUCACCCUGCCCGGACCCAUCCUCAGCUCCUUCCCCCAGAACACUGCCGUCGGAUCCUCCUCCUCUGCCGCUGUGGGGGCAAACCUGAGCGCUCAGGGAGUGCCCAUCAACUCUGGUGCCUUUGGAUUUGGCUACGGCUUUGGUUUUGGCUAUGGCGCUGGCUUUGGAGGUCUUGGAUGCUUCGCCCGCGGAAGAGGCUGCUACCCCUGCUAA